GGAAGAGGGUGGGAUCGUUCACAGAGAUGUAGUUGAGAAACUUUACUGACGCGCUUUUUUGGCUUGAAUAGUGGAAACGUCCCCGCUGACAAAUACAGCAGAGAUGGAUAAGAUAAUGUAAUUUGUUUUUAAAAUACAUUAUCGCUGUCUUCAUUGAAAGACAAGCAUCAGCAGCUGUUCAGUCAGUCGCGUUCACAUGGGGUUUGUGUUUGGGGCGUCAGUCUGUGUAUCAUAUCGCAGGGAUGUCCGCGCAAGGCUUGCUAAACAGCGUCUUCUCAUGUUCCUCAUCGGGCUCUAAAACCCUCGCAAAGAGGAAACUGCACCAGACUCGCAGCUUGGAUUCUGCGCUGAUCAGAAACUGCGCGACGCCUGGAGACGCCAGCGGUCAUCGGCCAUCCUGCUGGAGCUCGAGCUCCACAGCUGGAUUUACUAACAGCCAAAGCGCUUCAGAAAGCCUCGCUGUGGACCCCAGACUCAAACCGCGUCUUUCUACGUCGAGUUUGUCCACAUCUUCUGACGCUUCGUCGAUCUCCAGUCUUCACUUUGACUACAGAAGCGGCAAACGCAGCGCGUCCAGGGAUUUAUCUCUACACCUCUCUGGUUCUAGCAACAUCUUCUCACCGAGAAAGUGGCUUCAAAGAAAGUUGCCUCAGUCGGAUGCUGUUUCGCACAAUAUCUGUAAAUCUGAGGGAGAUUUCACCUGUAAGAAAACAGCCGGUCAUAAUUUCCACAUGCAGUCGGUUUCCAUUCAGAGUCUGUCGGAGCUGGAGAGAGUCCGGCUGCAGGAAGUCGCUCUGGUCAGACUGAUGAAAGACUUCGAUUUGGGUUGCCAGAUCACCAUCCCCAAAGAUGGCCAGAAGCGGAAAAAGUCACUCAGGAGGAAGCUGGAUUCUUUAUCGAAGGAAAAGAGAGACAAAGAGUCGGAUCCUCAGGCGUUCGGCGUGCCGCUCUCGCAGGUGAUUGUGAACGACCGGCGUCACAAGCAGCUGCAGGAGGAGCAGGAGGAGCAGCGGAGUCCGGCGGACCGGGUCUCUUCACUCCUGCACCUGACGGGCCGCAGAUCCACCAACAAGGAGCUUUCCAGCAGUAACUCGUCCCUCAGCUCGUCCUCCGAGACGCCCAACGAGGGCACCACACCCGGCACACCGGAGACGGCGCUGCGCUCGCGCAGACGGGGCGGCAUGUCCGUGGACUGCAUCACUGAUCUGGACGACAGUCACUCUCGUCUGCUGGAGGCUCUUCAGCUCUCCAUGCCUGUGGAGUCUCACGGCGAGAAGAAGAAGACGAGCGACGCCAAGCUCAGCCUCAACCCCAUCUACAGACAGGUGCCGCGCGUUCUGGACAGCUGCUGCCAACACCUGCAGAAGUAUGGUCUGCAGACGGUGGGCAUUUUCCGGGUCGGGAGCUCCAAGAAAAGAGUUCGACAGCUUCGUGAAGCCUUCGAUCAGGGUGCCGAUGUUGUUCUGGACCAGCGGCACAGUGUUCAUGACGUGGCGGCGCUGCUCAAAGAGUUUCUGAGAGACAUGCCUGAUCCUCUGCUGACCAGGGAACUGUACUCCGCGUUUAUCAUCUGCGCAUCUCUAGAUAAGGCGGAUCAGCACACGGUCAUACAGUUACUCAUCUGUCUGCUUCCCGCCUGCAACAGCGACACCCUUCAGUGUUUACUUCACUUCCUGUCAGACGUAGCCAAUCACGCGGAGGAUUCACGGGACGCUGAUGGGAACGAGGUGAUUGGUAAUAAGAUGACGUCUCUGAACCUGGCCACCAUAUUCGGGCCGAACCUGCUGCACAAGCAGAAGAGCUCAGAGAAGGAGUUCAGCGUGGAGAGCUCGGCGCGAAUGGAGGAGAGCGCGGCUAUCAUCAGCGUGGUGCAGCUCAUGAUCGACACGCACCAGACCCUGUUCACGAUCUCAGCGGAGCUGCAGAACGAGCUUCUGCUGAGUUUGCUGGACACAGACAGUGAUGUGGUGGAUUAUCUGCUGAGGAGGAAAACACCACAGUGUGAAGACAUGAAGAGCUCGAGUGGAGAAAUCUCUCCGUAUGAUAACAACUCUCCAGUGCUCUCAGAGUGGUUUCAUCCAUCAGGACCGGAGCAUCAGAGUCCCACAAGCCUCCAGCAUGCUUUCGAGAGGAACAACUCUGUCAACGUCUGCCUCUCACCCUCACAAGCCGGCGCCGGGGAAACCAUACAUGAUAAGGCUCGUAUCUGGCGAACACGACAUGCUCUUCUGUCAGGGCUUCAUGACAAACUCCUCACAGGUUCGGAUGGACACCUGUAUAAACGCGCCUCCUCUGAUGUUUUCUACGAUGACGAUAACGACACAAAACCUGUGCAUGAGACGCAAACGUCCCAUACAAAUAUCGCCGCUGAAUGUAAAGCAUGCCUGCAGGUCACGAGUGCAGACGGCAGUCCUCUGAGCACCCCACCCCAUCAAAUGCAUCCAACCGCAUCGAGCCGCCAGACUGCAUUUCACCAAUCAGAGGAGAUGAUGGCAUCUCCAGACGACAGACUUCCUGCCGUGUCCGUGCAGCCGCGUGUCACUUCCUGUCAGGGUGCGGCGUCACACGUGCCAUCGAAGAGCUUCGGAGCGGAGCAGCAUCCAGACUGGCCCACAGAGAAGUGGCAAAUAUGGCAACUCCUGUCAUCAGACAGCAUAGACACACUUCCAGAGACUAUGGUGUGAAACACGCUGCUUAAAGGGACAGUUCACCCAAAAGUGAACUUACUGUCAUCAAAAGAAGAUAUUUGAAGGACCCCAUUGGCUUUCAUUGAAUGAGGCAUUUCUCGAGAUAUUUUCUUUUAUGUUCCAAAGAAGAAAAAAAGGCAUACGGGUUUGGAAUGAGUGAAGAAUGACAGAAUGAUCAUUUUUGGGUGAACUGUCCCUUUAAGAACCUUUUAAUUUGUGAGUGAAUUUGAAUUGAAUUAGACACAACACACAGAAUGUUGAAUUAGAAUUUGAAUUGGAAUGAGAGGAGACACCACAAUAUGUUAGCGCAUUGUUUAGAGAUAUUUUUAUAAAAAUAAAAAAUAUAUAUUGAUAUUAAAUUGUUGGAUGAAUAUUUUUAUGUUUUAAGUUUGGGGUCAUUAUGAUUAUUAUUAUUAUUUUUUUUUUCAUAUCUCAAUUUUAAAUUGAUCAAAAGUGACUGUAAAGACGUUUAUAAUGUUACAAAAGAUUUAUAUUUCAAAUAAAUGCUGCUCUUUUGAACUUUCAAUUCAUCUGUGAAUUCUGAAAAAUAAAAUGUAUCACAGUUUCUACAAAAACAUCAAAUCUUUAGAAUUAAUAAUAAUCAGAAAUGUUUCUUGAGCAGCAAAUCAGUAUAUUAGAAUGAUUUCUGAAGGAUCACGUGACACUGAAGAGUCACUGAAAUGAUGCUGAAAAUUCAGCUGCGCAUCACAGAAAUCAAUUACGUUUUAACAGAUAUUCACACAAAAAACAGCUAUUAUGAAUUGUAAUAAUAUUUCACGUUUUGAUCAAAUAAAUGCAGCCUUGGUGAGCAGAAGAGACUUCAUUCCAAAACCAUGUGUUGGGUGUAUGAAAAUUGUAGUAUUAUUAUCAUUGGUAAUUAUACCGAAAAAUUCAAUCCACUAAAUACUCUUUUAGCAGUUAUAUGAAUUACGUCUAAUUCCGUAGAUUGAAAAUCAAAUUGUAAUUCUGUGUGUUGUGGCCAGUUAAGUUCAAAUGAACUGAAAAUAAGCCUUAAAUUCUGAAUUCGCUUCAGUCUCAGUUGAAGCUAAAUUGAAUUUAUAUAUAGAAUAUAUCAAAUAAAUGCAGUUCAGUUCAGUUCUAUUCAGUAGUUUGGUAAUUUCCAAAGACUCAAAUUUUUUGUAGGUGAUUUUAAACACAGCAAACAUUUGCGCUUUGGAGAUUUAAAGAUUCAUUUAGCUUCAUCUGUUAAUAAUGCCUCAUAUUUCCAGCUUUAUCCAUCUUUCAGUCAUCAGUUGAUUUUAUCACUGAUGAUGUUUUAGGAAGUGUUUGACUUCCUGUCGUCACUUCAUAAGGUAACGAGCAUUUCAGAUUAAUUACAGUGCUGCAAACAUACAGAAUGUCAUAUUUACGACAUCCAAUGUAUUUAUUUAUUAAUGUUAUUUAUUAAAUUAGCCACUAGUAUGUUACCACUGUGUAUAAUGUGUAUAAUCACCACAGAAUGAUUUAUUUCAGAGUUAGUUUGUUGCCUCAGUAUUGCUUGAUCUGCAUAAAAUCAAUAAAAAAAAAUUAUCUUCAUCAUAUUCAGAUAUUAAAGUCAAAAUGACUCUUAAUUCAUGUUCCUGGUUUUAUUACCUGUGAUUCAGUGGUGCACAUUAUUCUGAAGAAACAUAUUUAUCUUUAUAUCUUUUUUUUAAUGUAAUAAUUUGCUUUGCCUCUGAAACAACGUUAUUUUUUUGAUUGAUGUUGCUGUAAAUUUCCUCACCCUCGGACCAUUCGAGAUGUAGAUAAGUUUGUUCAUCAGAUUUGGAGAAAUGUAGCAUUGCAUCAGUGUCUCAGCAAUGGAUGCGCUGCAUUCUGACGGCACCCAUUCACUGCAGAGCGUCCACUGCUGAGACACUGAUGCAAUGCUACAUUUCUCCAAAUCUGAUGAAGAAACAAACUCAUCCUAAUCUUGGAGGAUCUGAGGAUGAGCAUCUUUUCAGCUAAUUAUCACUUUUGGGUGAACUAUUCCUUUAAAUUACAACCACAUGAAGAACAAAGCAAUCACAUCCUGUAUAUGAGUUUAUACAUUUAUACGUGAGUUUUAGUUCGUUAUUAUUUUCUCUGUCCGUGUUCUGUUUGAUAUUUGUUGUAUUUGUACAGCCAAGAGCGAUAUAAUGUUGAUCAUUUUAUAAAACAAAUAUAUAUAUAUAUAUAUAUAUUUUGAUAAUCAAUUAUUUUUAUCCGAAUAGUAGGAGAAAGACCAAAAUGCAGAGUGUUUUAGUGACGUUUACUUUGUAUCGAAAGUCUCUUUGUUUUCAUCAUGCAGUUAAUACACAACAACUCUUCCAAGAGCCUUAGAUUGGGUUUUUGGGUUGUGCUUUGUUUUUGUUUUUUGCCUGUAGUCAAAAGCAUCUGUGUUCAGAAACACAAUAAAAUGAA